AUGGCUGCUCUUUCCACCACCCUCGUCGACUCUGUUCGACUCAGCGCAAGUACCACCAGCAGCACUACCACCAACGAAGCCGAUUUGAAGACCUCCACCCGGGUCCAACGAAAAGACAAGUCGUCUGUUAGGCGCUGGUUCAGCUUCGUUCGCAAAGUUGUCUCCUCCCACAAUACACGGAAGCAGUCAGAGUGUUCGACAUGCGGAAAGAAAUCUGAGGAGUCUCUUGUUCAAGCCUCCCAUGCUCAAACGUCGUCCAUAAUCGCGAUCACUCCCUCUAGUGUUCACAAGGAGGACAUCGAUGCCCCGACGAAGGUCGAACCCACUCCCUUUUUGAGGCCCGUUGCGCGGUCCACAUCCGUUCGCUGCUCGGCUUCCGCCCCUGCCUUCGCACGAUUUUAUCUUGAGGCAAUCUCUGAAGAAGCAACUGUGUCGGCGAUAGAUUCGCCGCAGACCGUCGAGCCCGCCAACGUCGAAGACUCCAUACCGCCCGAGCCGGUAAAGGCCCAAAGUAGCCGCGGCCCUCGCAAGCCGAUCAUGAUCACCCCCGAGAUGAUCAAGAAAAUCGAGAGGGACAACAAGAGGCGCCAGCGACCUUAUGUCCGAGAGGCUGAGGUGAAGAAGAACAGCAGGGGAGCUGUUACCUCAACGUCUGGUGCUAAGGGCGUUCGCGCCAACCCGAUGAGGUGGUCGCAAGACUAA